AUGGCAAGUAUUUUUGCAAGUGAAUACACAUUUGCUAUGCUUUUCUUUAAGGAUACUCGUGUGGACCUGGAUGAAGUGGAACAGCAAACACUGAGGAUUAUCACGAAAGGUGGCUCCAUGGUUGAUCCUUUAGAGAUUGGGAUAGUGCUGGAAGGCACAGAGGUGCUUACAGGGUCAGCAGUUGUAUUACGAAUCAUUACGAAGAAGAAGAACAAAGUGAAGCUGAUGAGAUGUAAUAACGUCAUGGAGAUCAUUGAUGAAAGUGAGCAGAGACAGAAAACGACUGACAAAGUUGCAGAAACUCCAGAGCCUCCGGAACAACCAGAGGAGGAUCGCCUGAGGUCAUGCGACAGAGACAUAACACCACCAUCUCUUGAUCACAAUGAGGAAGUGCAGAAAGUAGAGCCAAGUCUACAUCUGAGUGAGGAUGAUUUAAAGUUGAGCAGCAUAGAGCUGCAGUUUAAAAAGAAGAGCCUAGAGGAUUUCGAGCUCCUCAAAGUGCUCGGAAGGGGUGGAUUUGGCAAGGUUUUUCUGGCCGAACUCAGAGGCACCGAUGAGGUGUUUGCGGUAAAGAUGCUGAAGAAGGACAAGAUUCAGAGUUUUAAAGGUGUGCUCAACACGGUGAUAGAGAGACAUGUCCUGGAACUGGGUAUGGAACACCCCUACCUCACCCAGCUCUGCUACAGCUUCCAGACUAAUGAACGCUUGUGCUUUGCUAUGGAGUACGUAAACGGAGGCGAUCUUGCAUAUCACAUUGCACGCUCUGGCCGAUUUAACGAAUCGCGUGCUCGCUUUUAUGCUGCUGAGAUCGUCUCUGCUCUCAUGUUCCUCCACCGCAACGGCAUCAUUCACAGAGACCUCAAACCCAGCAACGUCCUGUUAGAUGCUGAUGGCCACUGCAAGGUUGCUGACUUCGGCUUGUGCAAAGGGGGCAUUCUAGAUGGCAAGACCACCAACACAUUCUGUGGUACACCUCUUUACAUGGCACCUGAGAUACUGCUGGAAAGUGAAUAUGGUGCAUCGGUGGACUGGUGGUGUCUAGGUGUCAUCAUGUAUGAGAUGAUGGUGGGCUAUACUCCAUUUGAUGCUGAGAAUAAGGCGACGUUGUUCAAGUCCAUCCUACAGGAUGCUCCAUGCUUCCCAUGUUGGCUGAGCUGCAAGGCAGUAAGAAUUCUCAAGGCGUUCCUGUUGAAGUGUCCUGCGGCUCGGCUUGGCUGUGUGGCAUUACAGGGUCAGGAGGAAGCCAUCAAAUUUCAUCCGUUCUUCAGUGAGAUCGACUGGGUUCUUCUGGAACAGAGGAAGAUUACGCCGCCUUUUAAACCACAAAUUACAAGCAAAAUGGAUGCCAACAACUUUAAACAACCCUUCACUCAUCAGGAGCUCAGGAUUACUCCCAUUGACAGUGCUACCAUUGAUCCAUUCUGGCAGGAGGUCUUUAAUGUACUACUGUAA